AUGGCCGUUUCUGACAGGAACAAUCUGGCCAAGGAUGCAGCCAGAUUCGACACCAUCCAAGCAGAAGAACAGCAAACACUUAAACAGGAGGAGAGAAUGGAAGCCAUGCUUCAUGGACUGGCUAGAUAUGCGACUUGGAUGACCAUGUACGAUGAGCAACUCAAGCUACUUAGCCAGAGAGCUCCUGCUGAGUCUACGCCAGUAGUCCAGUGGCUCUGGAACAACAACUGCGAGCACAUUUGGGAGGAUCACAGAGGUAUGCAUGGAAAUCAGCGCUCACCACCUAGCAAGGCUGGAGAGGUUAUCCAGAAAGUCUCGACGGGAGAUUCACCUGGAGUCGCACCAUCGGGACAUUGCCGGGACUUUGACGGGAACGCGGCCGCUCCACUAGAAUCUGGAAGCCAGUCAUGGGUCAAAGAUCCCACACAGUUUGUUUUGAUUUUUUGGUUUAUUUUCUGUCAUGAACUGACAAUUCCCUACAUUUUUCCACAAGCUGGAAGCAUAUUUUGCGAUGAAAUUGUGACAGAUGGGGACUAUUGGCCAAAAACACCUGCUGGAGCCACGGUGACUAAUAACACAUGUGCAGAGGGCAGAGUUGGCUACAAGUCACGCACUUGUAUCGGCCCCCCAUGGCAGGACGUCUAUAACAAUUGUAUAAACCAGGGGUUAAACACAGCCCUGCAACAAGCAACUAAAUUCCAGAAAGGACUGGGGUCUACUCCGGAGGUGGCCAUGACUAUAUUUGAAGGACUUUUCAACAGCUCUGUAUCUGCUUCCAGUAACAAUAUUGCUGACAUUAAUGCAUCUAUUAAAGUUUUACAUUUCAUGGCGACUGCAUCAAGCUAUAGUAACUUGCCAGAGGAAGUCUUGCCUAAUUUUAUCAACGCAUCAAGCAACCUGCUAGAAAUGACUUGGAAUGUGCCUCCACUUAUUCUUUAUAAUGUGUCAUCGGCUUUCCUUCAGUCUGUGGAUGAUCUAGUGAAGAAUAUUAAGGUCAACACAAGCCAAGGAGUUAACAGCACGAACAUAGAUCUUAGGUUUUGUUCCACCAGUAAAUGUGCUUUGUCUGUGUUCGACGUUGGUGUGGAAAUGAUUAUAAGCAACGGAAUACUGAAAACUGCUGUUGUGAGAAAUCUAACAAAUAAACUACGGAACAACUACAAGCAUACAAAACCCUCCACGCUCUUGUUAUCAGCUACACUGCAGGACAACAAUGAUUCAUCUACAAAUAUUAUACUGGACUUCCCUGAUGACUGGCAGACCUAUUCCAAACCUUUCUGUGUCUUUUGGAACACCACAGGCAUGGACUGGUCAGAUGUAGGAUGCACUGUCAACAUCAGUGAUGAAAACCACACAGUGUGUGUGUGCAACCACCUGACUUCCUUUUCUGUGCUCAUAUCCAAGGAUGAGGUAUCGCCAUUUAAUACCAUUCUAGAAAUAAUCACCAAUGUGGGCCUGGCUGUGUCCAUCUUCUCCCUGAUGAUCUUCUUGACUAUUGAGUGUCUUGUCUGGUCGAAUGUAGUCAAGACCAACCUUGCCCAUUUUCGUCACACAGCUAUGGUGAACAUUGCCACAUUCCUAUUGCUAGCAGACAUCAGUUUUCUGGCUUCUACUCGUCCUGGAAUUCUCCCAGACAUCUGGUGCCUAAUUUUGACUAUAUGCAAACACCUGUUUUAUUUGGCCAUGUUUUGCUGGAUGCUGUGCCUGAGCAUCAUGCUUGUCCACCAGCUCAUCUUUGUUUUCAGCCCACUGAGCAAAAGAGUUUUCAUGGUCUUCUCCAGCAUUGUGGGUUAUAUUCUCCCACUGCUAAUAGUGGGAUCAAGCUAUGCGUACAGUAUCUACAUGGGAAAACCCUAUUAUAAUAAAGAAACAUGCUGGCUCAUCUUUAAUAACGGCUUGGAUAGCUCCAUACAUGCUUUCCUUCUCCCUGUGGGAACAAUUAUUUUGACUAAUAUCUUCUCCAUGAUGGUCAUCAUUUUUACAUUGGUGAAGUCCUGGGUCCCCAGCACCAAUAAAGCAGAUGACAAAAUGACAGCCAAAAGCAUGUUGAAGGUGGUGGUCGUUUUAACACCCAUAUUUGGAAUAACAUGGAUUAUUGGCUUUUUUCAACUCCUGUAUCCCGAAAUAGAUCCACUGGUGUUCUGUUUCACCAUCCUCAAUUCUUUUCAGGGCAUUUUUAUUUUGCUAACAGGAUGUUUCACAGAGCAGAAGAUCCGUGAGGAACUGUAUAAGAUGAUAACGCGGGUCUAUAGGAGCUGACCUCUCCACCCAAGAGAAACUUCAUGGACUUGUACUAUAUGAAACAUUAUUGGACAAAAAAACAUCAAACACAUUAGUUUCUCUCAGUUUAACUGGCAGAUAUUGAUUGACAAUGAUUUUUACUUUUGCAUGAAAAGUUAGGUGAAGAUAUUCUGGAAAUAUAGCAGGUACUACUGUAUUUGUCAUAAGCUAUGCAGAAACGUUCAGUGAUGAAGACUGCUACAACAAUCGUUUUUCUACCAAGCUAUGCCUAAUUGUAGUACAGUACAUUAGAAAUGUUUGUUACAUAUGCAUUUAAUAUCACUAUUGGAAUUAAAAUAUUUUCCUGGCUUUCAUGAA